AUGUUUGGUUUCGCGAUGAUGGAAUCUCGGAUUGAAAGCAGCUAUAAAGGUAUUGAAUACGAGGCGUUGAAUUGCCGGAAACACAGAGCGAUUUUGCCGGACUUUGGAGCCAUCGGUGAUGGAAAAACCUCAAACACAAAAGCGUUCAGAGAAGCCGUAAGCAAGCUUACUCCGUUGGCUGCUGACGGUGGAGUCCAACUCAUUGUUCCCCCGGGGAAAUGGCUCACCGGAAGUUUCAACCUCACCAGCCAUUUCACUUUGUUUAUCCAGCAAGGUGCAACUAUUCUUGCUUCUCAGGAUGAGUCUGAAUAUCCAAUGCUUCCACGUUUGCCGUCAUAUCCAGAUGCAAGGUUUGCUAGUUUAAUCUACGGAAGUAACCUAACUGAUGUUGUUAUCACUGGUGACAAAGGGACGAUCAAUGGGCAAGGGAAGUCAUGGUGGUUGAAAUAUCGAAGUGGUGGUUUCGCUAACAUAUCGAGACCAUUGUUGAUCGAAAUCGUCUUCUCCAAAAACAUCCAAAUCUCUGAUAUCAAUUUGAUUGAUUCUCCGAUGUGGAAUAUUCAUCCCGUGUAUUGCAAGAACGUCAUUAUUAAAAAUAUUAAAAUCGAUGCUCCUAUCGAUUCUCCUAACACCGAUGGAAUCAACCCUGAUUCUUGCACGAACACACUAAUAGAGGACUGCAACAUAACCUCCGGAGACGAUUGCAUCGCCGUCAAAAGUGGAAUCGACCAAUACGGAAUCUCCACCGGAAUCCCAACACAACAACUCUCCAUCCGACGUCUCACAUGCGUUUCUCCCCACAGCGCAGGAGUAGCAUUAGGAAGCGAGAUGUCCGGAGGGAUCAAAGACGUGAGGAUCGAAGACGUGACGCUAAUCAACACAGAGUCAGCCAUCCGAAUCAAAACCGGCAUCGGCCGUGGCGGUUACGUCAAAGACAUUUUCGCACGUAGGUUCACGAUGAAGACGAUGAAAUUCGUUUUCUGGAUGACCGGUUCGUAUGCACUGCACCCGACAGGCAAGGCGUUGCCGGAGGUUAGCAAUAUCAAUUACCGUGACAUGACGGCGGAGAACGUUACGAUCUCGGCGCAGCUGGAAGGGAUCGAGAACCAUCCUUUCAAGGGGAUAUGCAUGUCGAAUGUGACUAUAGCUUUGUCGCCGAUCACGAAGAAGAUGCAGUGGAACUGUACUGAUGUGGCCGGAGUUACGAGCAGGGUUAAGCCGGAGCCGUGUAGUUUGUUGCCGGAUAAGGGAACGAAGCUGGACUGUGAUUUUCCGACGGAUAAGAUUCCUAUCGAGAGUGUUGUGCUCAAGAAAUGUUAUGCUUAG